AUUUAGGGUUUUCGAUUUCCAGAAGUAAUCGAGAUGGGGAAAUCGAGCAGAUCCAAGGGAUCGCCUAACAUCGGUAAUGGAGAAAUUACUCCGACGCAAAUUGCUUUCAUCGUCGAUCGUUACCUCUACGACAAUCGAUUCUCAAAAACCCGAAACCUCUUUAGAACUGAAGCUUCCUCUCUCCUCUCCAAAUCCCCAGUUCGUGAUGUUCUGAAGAGUUAUUUGACCCUUGAGGAUAUAUUGAAAGAUUACGUAUGCUUAAGGGAACAGAAAGUGGCGUUGGCUCAAGAGAGAGUGAUAUUGGAUCAAGAGAAAAUUAGAGUUCAGAAUCUGUUGCAGGGGAUGCAGAAUGUGAUGAACACUUACAACGCCAGCCUCACCGUUCCUCCUCCACCAGUGGCUGCUCCGGCUUCUCAACAGAAAAACUACAGAGCCUCUUCUUCAGGCUGCGCUCAAUACAACACACCUAAUGUUAUGUCAGUGUCAUUGUUGGGUAACAAAAGAGUAGAUUUUGGGAAUUUCUCCACACCUUUGACUAGUCAGCCUGGAAAACGAAAAGUUCAUGAGGUCUCUGUAGGAACUCCUCCGGUAACUAGGAAAGCGCGGAUUACUACAGCACAAGACAACUCAACAGCAAAUGAGACGAAUAAGAUCCCACAAGCUGAUAAAGCAGCUAACAAUUUGUCGUCUCAAACUCCAUCUGAAACACUGACAUUGGCCAAGAACUCAUCAGCAAAUGAGUUAAUGACUGGUCACGGGUCAAGCGUGGCCAAGUGUUUGUUCAACAAGGCUGAUUCGUCCCUUCCUACAAGUUCAACAUGUCUUAAGACACCACAAAAGCAUGCUUCUCCUUGCAGCGAUAAGUCCAACAGUCCCCAGAAAGAAGUUACUCCUACAAACUGCACAAUUGUUACAAGGGAGAGAUUCACAAUUAGCCCUCUCAAGCAGAUUACUUCUUAUACAGUGGAAAGGAGCCAUCUGAUUUCUUCUUCUUCACCGGUCAAGUCUAACAUUAAGAUGUUAAAUAAGAGAGACCAUGUGAAAGGAAGGCUCAAUUUUGAUGAAACUGAUACAGAAAUGUGCCUUGAGGCACCUGCCACUGCAGACUUGGCUUCAACUUCACCAUCUGGGUCUGAGCCUGAAGUUGAUUUAUCUGACAUUGAUUUUUCUGUCUUUGGUGAAGACUUCUCAUUCUCCGAGCUAGGGCUACUAGUUGAUUUUGAUAUUGGUUGUGAAGGAAGUACCCCAAAUGCACCCAUUCCAACUGUGGCAGGGUCGUCUCCUGAAUCAGGGAACGGGAAUCUAGAGCCUGACCAGACCAUGUCAGAAUAUACAUCAACUGUGACUGAAGUGAUUCAAGGAAAAGAUAUGAUCACUUAAGCCAAGAGUUGCAGCUAGAGUCAUGUUACAGACGAUGUACUGAAUUUUGAAGACUGUAAUUGGCUCCAAGACACCAAUACACAGAUCCUCUGCUUUUGGCUAACUACGGUGCUAUUUUUUUGAAAUGAUCUGUGGAAUGUAAAAAUGCUAUGCCCUAUGGUCCAUCCUAAUUA